CACCGCUGGAGCAGGCGGAUCCACGCCAUCCCGCAGAAAUGGCCUCCUCUAACACCCCCGAUCCGUCGCAUUCGCCCAUAGUGGCCCAACCCCGGGAGAGCCCCGACGAGACCAGCACCUCAGACCCGGAGAAUGGGCCCAAGGAAGAUAGCGCUGCCCAGUAUGAAGUCUUCUCCGUCUUUACCGUCAACCAGAAGAGGGCCAUGGUGGCUCUGGGCUCGCUCGCGAGCUUCUUCUCGCCGCUGUCGUCGAGCAUCUACUUCCCCGCACUGGACACGAUUGCACAGGCGCUGAAUGUGACCACCGCCAAGAUUGAUCUGACGGUGACAACAUACCUGAUAAUGCAGGGUGUUGCCCCCAUGUUGAUCGCUGGUUUCUCCGAUACGGCCGGCAGACGACCAGCAUACAUCAUCUGCUUCACCAUCUACCUCGCGGCCAACCUCGGUCUCGGACUGCAGAACAGCUACGGUGCCCUUCUUGGCCUGCGAUGUCUACAAAGUGCGGGGAGCAGUGGGACAGUCGCGCUUGCCAAUGGGCUCGUGGGUGAUCUAGUCACCUCCGCGGAAAGGGGGACAUAUAUUGCCUUUGCCUCUCUGGGAAGCAUGCUGGGUCCGUCCCUGUCCCCGAUCAUUGGUGGACUACUCAGUCAAUAUUUGAACUGGCACUGGCUAUUCUGGUUUCUCCUCAUAUUCUCGGGUGCCUUCUUCGCUCUGCUGGCCCUAUUUCUUCCCGAGACGUGCCGCAAGGUCGUGGCGGAUGGUUCCGUUCCUCCACCGGCGCUGAAUCAGUCUCUGAGCGAUCUGAUUCGGCAUCGAAACCGGAAAGCACAGGGUCUCGUAGUGGAAGAAGCCAAGAUAGCAGAGGUUCGCCAAAACUACGCAUUCAAGAUUCCUUCCCCAAUGCCAACGCUGCGGGUGGUGGUCGACCUCGAGACGGGGGCCGUUCUCCUGGCGACCGGUUUGAUGUUCGCGGGCUUUUACGCGGUGAUGACUGGAGCAACGACAUCCUUCCACCAAGUCUAUCACCUCAACAACAUCGAAACCGGACUGAUGUACAUCCCCAUCGGCGCGGGAGGCAUCCUAUCCGCAUUCACGACCGGUCGUCUGGUGGACUGGAACUACCGACGGCACGCAGCUCGAGCGGGUAUGCCCGUCAUUCGCAACAUCAAACAGGACAUUACCGAUUUCAACAUCGAGAAGGUCCGGCUGCAAGUCGCCUUGCCGUUGUACUACAUGAGUCUGGUGUCAAUGGUCGCCUACGGCUGGGUGCUAGGCCGUAAAGUGAAUCUGGCCGUCCCGAUUGUCCUACUGUUCAUCUGCGGAUGGGCGCUGAAUGCCACAUCGCAAGUGCUGAAUGCGCUGAUGGUCGACCUCUGGCCGGGACGCUCCGCCGCCGCAACGGCUGCCAACAACCUCUUCCGGUGUGAACUCGGUGCUGCGGCAUCUGCUGCUAUCACACCCAUGAGUGACGCGAUGGGGAAGGGCUGGGCGUAUACGACCUUGGCCUUGAUUUCGUUGGCUGCGUCGCCGACCCUGUGGAUCAUGAUGCGAUCGGGGAUCACAUGGCGGCAGAGGCGGCUUCGAAAUGAGAGGGAGAAGGAGGACAAACGGGCCCAGCACUCGCGUUGAAUGGGGUUGCUCUGACAUCCUUUGUUUCAUUCUACAAGGGUGCUUUAUCUGGUCGACACAACACAUACGAAGGUUUGACAUGGCCGUAACAGUUUGCUAAAGAG